GUGCGUCAGGGCUCACUGCGCCUUGGGCUGUUACGUAGCAUCUUGCCAUUGACCGCAAUUCUUAUACAGACAUGUCGCUCGGUCCAUGAACCUCUGUUUUAUAAUUACGUUCAAGCGCAUUGCAGUAUACAGUGCAUUACACUCAUUACCGCCAUUUUCGCGAUUCCAGUGUCCUUACAUUUCCUAGACGAAGUACCUCAACACUUAACAUGGGCUCCCUCCACGACUCCCGCAUACACAAGUGGUUCGCGACCUCGCCUCCAGUGGCAUGGACAGUCAGACAGUUACGGGAGCUCCUCAUUGGGUCUCUUAAGCAGGGUCCUAUCCCACAGCAUGUUGCGUUCGUUAUGGACGGGAACAGGCGGUUUGCGCGGAAUCACCACAUUGAGACUGUAGAAGGGCAUAACUUGGGGUUUGAGUCGCUGGCACGAAUAUUGGAAGUCUGCUACAAGACUGGCGUCAAGGUCGUGACUAUUUACGCAUUCAGCAUAGAGAACUUCAAGCGCUCGAAACACGAGGUCGAUGCGCUGAUGUCCAUGGCGAAGGUCAAGCUCCAGCAAUUGGCUGAGCAUGGGGCUCUCCUAGAUCGAUACGGCGCAUCUGUUCGAGUACUAGGCCAGCGUGAACUCAUCAGUCCGGAUGUCCUCCAAGCUGUUGACAAGGCCGUUGCAAUGACUGCACACAACAAGAAAGCUGUACUGAACGUUUGCUUCCCCUACACAUCGCGCCACGAAAUCACAACCGCUGUCAUGAAGACCGUCGAGACGUAUUCCACCCCAAUACACAACCUUCCAACACCUUCGAAACGCACAUUCUCUGAGUCGCAUAUUGCCCAAACCAUCCGGAAACAAAUGCUCGAGGAGGACACGGAAAGCAGAGUUGAGCAGCCCGAGUCGCGAUCGGCUUCACCCUCGCCGAAAGCAACGGCGCAGGCUGAGGAUGAGCGAUCCUCAUCAACCUCAACAGCGAUCAACCCACCCGAAAAGGACGAAUCGCAAGAGCCUACGUUCCUAGACCCGGAGACAAUCGGUGCUCAGACCCUGAACGACCACAUGAUGACAGCUGACGCCCCACCACUCGAUCUGUUAGUUCGUACUUCUGGUGUUGAGCGGCUGAGCGACUUCAUGCUGUGGCAGUGCCAUGAGAACACUUCCAUUGUGUUUCUCAAGUGUCUUUGGCCUGAAUUUGAUCUGUGGCAGUUCCUGCCUGUGCUGGUUGAAUGGCAAUGGCAGCAGAAGAAGCUGCGCGAGGAGCAACAAAGAAGUCGCGGACGGUCAAAAUCAGACUGAAAAUAGGCUGAGACACGGAAGUGUUGGAGGAACACAGAGUUUUCUUAGAGUAGAUCAGAAGUUUGAGCGAGCAUCGACGAUACCCAGAACAAGCAUGCCCAUUCAUAGCAACCAGAGAUCAUUUCACAGCAUACUAGCGUGCAUCGCAUUUGAGAGAUCG